AAAUGUUUUUAAUUUAAAGCCAAUAUUAAUUUAUAUGACUUCGAUACAAGUGGCAAGUUUGGCACUUGAAUAUUUGUUUUUCUUGCUGAUUUCUCUUGAUAUUUUAUUGGCAUUCACGAAAAAUGGCUGAUAAGCGAAAAUAUAAAAAAUCCAAAGAAGAGAUAGCUCGAGAGUUCGACUUACCGGAAAGGAAGUCUAAAAUUGCCACCAUAAUGAAGCAGGAUGGCCAGGCAUAUUGCAUUUGUAGGACUUCUGAUUGUUCCCGCUUCAUGAUCGGUUGUGAUGGCUGUGAAGAGUGGUAUCACGGUGAUUGCAUCAAUAUCACUGAGAAAGAAGCUAAGCAUAUAAGACACUAUUACUGUCAACGCUGCAAAGAAGAAGACCCCAGUUUACAAACUGUGUUCCGAGUGGUACCAAUUGAAAAGACUUCAGCACCAAGUGGUGCUACUAACAUUACUGACACUGAUAAACGUAAAAAGGCAAAGGAACAAGUAAAUGUACGAGAAGUCAAUAGUGGUACAGCAACAGCAGGUGGAAAUAAACAAACACAAAAUCGCUGUGGUAUUUGUGAAGGAUGUCGCACGCCAAAUUGUGGUAUAUGCGAAUCAUGUCGCAUACGUGUAGGUGGUCACAAGCCGCGUUGUGAAAUGCGUGUGUGUCAAGCUCCGCCAACACCCAUAACACAACAGCAACAACCGCAACCACCUCAACAGCAAAAUGCUGCGCCUGUUGCCACACAAGUGCCAACUCGGCAUAAACGCAAAGAGAAGCAACCGAAAGAACGUUCACGGAAACGGAAACGCUCACUAAGUCCAGAAGUAUUUAUGAAUCCAGAUUUAGAGGGCGUGCGACAAUGUUAUGGACCACGUUGUAAAAACAAUGCAAGACCACAAUCAAAGUACUGCAGCGAAGUAUGUGGCAUCAAUUUGGCGACUAAUCGUAUUUUUCAGGUGCUGCCUCAACGUGUACAAGAAUGGAAUCUAUCCAAUUGUCGGGCUGAAGAAGAAAAUAAAAAGCAACUUGAUCAGAUACGUGCUAAACAAGCUGUAGUUCGUUUCGCUUUAGCUGAACUCGACAAGCGACAUAUGGAGUUGGAUAUGAUUGUUGAGCGUGCCAAGCACAGUACAUUGGAUCCCAAUCGAACACAAGACAAUAAUGACAUCGAAGAUGAGCAAUCGAUGUAUUGCAUUACUUGUGGUCAUGAAAUACAUUCGCGCACCGCAAUCAAACAUAUGGAGAAAUGUUUUAAUAAAUAUGAAUCCCAAGCAUCGUUCGGUAGCAUUUUCAAAACGCGCAUCGAAGGCAAUUCAAUGUUCUGUGACUUUUAUAAUCCCGCUAGUAAAACGUAUUGUAAACGUUUACGCGUACUUUGUCCCGAACACUGUAAAGAUCCGAAAAUUAGUGAGACUGAUGUAUGCGGUUGUCCGCUGGUGGCAAACGUUUUCAAGCCAACUGGUGAAUUUUGCCGCGCACCUAAAAAGAGCUGCUUCAAACAUUACGUCUGGGAAAAAAUACGUCGAGCCGAAAUCGAUUUGGAACGGGUGCGUCAGUGGCUAAAAAUGGACGAACUUUUAGAACAAGAACGUCACAUACGACAUCUGAUGGCCUCACGCGCUGGCGUUUUAGGCCUUAUGCUACACUCAACUUAUAAUCACGAUGUAAUGGAGGAACUAUGUAGGCAGCAAUAUUAUAAUAAUUCUAGCACGACAACGGGUGACAUGACCACUCAUAGUUAGGGUUAUUUUACGGAACAAAAAAAAAAAAAAAAACUUAGUAUAGAAAUUAUUAUGCAGCGCUAUUGUAAUUUUAUAACAUAUGAACUAAGACAAAACAAAUGAUAUUUUAGUUGAUAUUGUUAAUAGAAAGUGAUUGACAUAACGUACGAUGUGUAUCACAACUUGUAUGCUAAUUUCAAAUGUUUACUGAUUUGCAUGCCUAUCAAAUAUAUUAUUUAUUUAAACUUGGCAUCGUGGUUGCUUGGCAAAAUGAAGUGCAGCAUUUAAUGUUUUAAAAUCUUAUUUAAAGUAUAUGAAAUAUAUGUACAUACAUGCUUUGUAGAAAAGUUAGCUAUGAUCUAGUAUAAGUAAAAGCAAUUAAAGAACUGCCAUUUAUAAUACUA